AUGGCAUCCCACAUGAAGCUGUAUCUCUUCGGAGACCAAACCUUCGAGGUCCAACCUCACUUACAGCACCUCCUUCAGAAGCGCGACAAUCUCUUUCUCCAUGAGUUUCUGAACCAGAGCUACAAUGCCCUCCGCGCUGAGCUCUUCAAAAUCCCCUAUAGUAUUAGAAAGGAUCUUCCGCGGUUUACGUGCCAGGAGGAUCUUCUGCUUUGGGAUCAGAGCGGACCGCGAUGUAUUGCGCUUGAUAUGGCGAUGACGACUUUGUAUCAGCUUGGUACGUUCAUUAGUCAAGCAGGUAUUUCUUCAUAUGAUGCGCAGAAUACAAGGGUCGUUGGUCUCUGUACCGGCGCUUUCGCGGCUGCGGCUGUCAGUUGCAGCAGCUUUACCGCAGACCUGAUCCCCAUGGCUGUUUCAUCCGUCGUCGCAGCUUUUCGAACAGGCCUUCUCGUCACCGAUACAGCUCGACGAAUCGAUCCAAGCCAAGACUUGAACAGGAGCUGGGCUCUUCUUGUCCCUGGCCAAAAGGCAGCAAAAGCUUUCCAGGAGUUCUGGGAUGCCCAAGAUGGAGGCGUCUUGACUAGUAUGCCUUACAUCAGUGCGUAUGCACCAAAUGGUAUUACUGUUAGCGGCCCGCCCCAGCGUCUUAGUGAUCUCACGCAUUGCCUUGCUUCCAAGACCAUCACCGCUAAGAGUAUCCCCGUCUAUGGUGCUUACCAUGCACCACAUCUGUACUCUCAGAAAGACGCUCGACGGAUCGUUGAUGGCUUGAUGCUCAACAAGGCUGUGUCACCAUCUGAACAGAUUCCUCUUCUCUCCAGCACGGGUUCCAAGCCUGAAGAGCGAAGCUUCGCGACACUCUUGGAAGAUGCCAUCGCUCAGGCUCUCCUUCACCCUCUUCGAUGGAGUUCGAUCUUUGAUGAUGUUCAAGCAGCUCUUGAGACUACUGGAUCUCAGCAGUUUAGUGUUCAGUCGAUUGGUUCGAAUGCUGAGCAUUUGAUUUACACUGCUCUCAAGAAGACAUCUCUUCUUUAUCUCGUUCCAGAAACCACCAUGCCUAGCCAACCCACCAAUGUCCCAAGAGUUCCUGAUGCCGGCACAAACAAGCCAAAGCUUGCUAUCGUCGCUAUGUCCGGUCGCUUCCCCGGAGCAAAAGAUAACGAAGCCUACUGGGAUCUUCUCUACAAAGGUGUCGACGUCCACAAGCCCGUUCCAGGUCUUCGCUGGGAUCAGCAAACACACGUUGACCCUACCGGCGCAGGAAAGAACACAAGCGCUACGCCGUUUGGUUGCUGGCUAGAUGACCCCUCCGAGUUUGACGCUCGCUUCUUUAACAUCUCACCACGAGAAGCUCCUCAGAUUGAUCCCGCGCAGAGGUUGGCUCUCAUGACAGCUUACGAAGCAAUCGAACAAGCUGGCAUCGUUCCUGAUGCUACGCCCUCUACUCGACCUGAUCGUGUUGGUAUCUUUUAUGGUGUCACCAGCAAUGACUGGAUGGAAACAAACAGUGCCCAGAACAUCGACACGUACUACAUCCCCGGCGGAAACAGAGCUUUCAUUCCCGGCCGCAUCAACUAUUUCUUCAAGUUCAGCGGCCCUAGCUACGCCGUCGACACAGCGUGUUCAUCAUCCUUAGCCGGUAUCCAUCUAGCCUGUAACGCCCUCUGGCAAGGCGACGUCGACACUGCCAUCGCCGGCGGUACGAAUGUCUUGACCAACCCUGAUUAUCACGCUGGUCUUGACAGGGGACACUUUCUGUCGCGCACAGGUAACUGCAAGACCUUUGACGAUGGCGCCGAUGGCUAUUGUCGAGGUGAAGGUGUUGCGACUAUUAUUAUCAAGAGGCUUGAUGAUGCGAUUGCGGAGAAUGAUCCGAUCUUGGGUGUUGUUCUUGGUGCGUAUACGAACCAUUCUGCUGAGUCGGAGUCGAUUACGCGGCCGCAUGUUGGUGCACAGCGGGUUAUCUUUAACAAGAUUUUGAAUGAGGCUGCUGUUGAUCCUUAUUCUGUUAGCUAUGUUGAGAUGCACGGAACAGGCACUCAAGCUGGCGAUGCCACAGAGAUGUCCAGUGUCCUCGAGACUUUCGCACCUCCUCUAGCAGACGGCAAAGUCGCCCGUACAGAUUCCCAGAAGCUCUACAUCGGCUCAGCGAAAGCAAAUAUCGGCCACGGUGAGGCUGCCUCUGGUGUCUGCAGUGUGAUCAAGGUCCUUCAAAUGUUGAAGAAGGACACCAUCGUUCCACACUGCGGCAUCAAGAACAAGAUCAACCAUCGCUUCCCCACUGAUCUUGAACAACGAAACGUUCGCAUUGCUUUGGAGCCGACGCAAUGGAAGAAAGGCACAGAGACCAACCCUAGACGUGUCUUUGUCAACAACUUCAGUGCUGCGGGAGGUAACUCCGCUCUGUUGAUCCAGGACGCACCACCAAGGAAACAACUUAUUGUCAACCAUGACUCUCGCGUCCAAUUCCCCAUAGCCAUCACUGCAAAGAGUGGUGUUUCUCUCCAAGGAAACAUGCGCUCAAUGCUCAAGUUCCUCAGCACAAACUCACACAUCUCCCUCGCCGAGCUCUCCUACACAACCACAGCACGUCGCAUCCACCACCAACACCGCGUUCUUGUCCCCGGCGCAACCCCCGAAGAAAUCUGCUCCAAGAUCGAAACAGCUCUCCAGAACAACACUGGCGUCACACGGCCCAAGGCAGCACCAAAGGUGGUCUUCACUUUCACGGGUCAGGGAGCUCAGUACCCGGGAAUGGGAAAGCAGCUCUUUGAGGAGAACGAAUUCGUGCGCAAUGAGCUUCUUUCACUGGAUCAGAUUGCGCAGAAUUUGGGAUUCCCUUCUAUGCUUCCUUUCAUUCAAUCUGAUGAGCCCGAUGUUAGCAAGUUUGCGCCUUCGCUUGUUCAGCUUGCUAGUGUUUGUCUUCAGAUUACGCUGAGCAAACUUUGGGCGUCGUGGGGAAUUACUCCAACUGCUGUUGUGGGACACAGUCUUGGCGAGUAUGCUGCUCUUAACAUCGCUGGAGUUCUGUCAGAUACUGAUACACUAUUCCUUGUUGGAGGUCGAGCUCAGCUUCUUGAGCAGAAGUGUACUCGUGGUACCCACGCCAUGCUUGUGGUGAAGGGUUCCCAGGAGGAGAUCGCCGAGGCUCUGAAGGGACAAGAGUACGAGACUGCUUGUAUCAACUCUCCCAUUGAGACAGUGUUUGCUGGCCCGAAUGAGCAGAUCGCCAAGGUCAAGGAGCAGCUCACGGCGGCUAGCUUCAAGACCACUCUUCUCAAGGUCCCCUACGCUUUCCACUCAUCUCAGUUGGAGCCAGUGGUGUCCGACAUCGAGAGGCUCGCCAGCAAAGUAAAGUUCUCUGGGCCCAGAAUUCCAGUUCUGUGUCCCUUGGAAGGUACAGUCGUCGAGAAUGAGAAUCCUUUUGAUGCCUCAUAUCUCGCUAGACACUCUCGACAGCCUGUCAACAUGCUCACCGCAUUGACCAUUGCUUACCGCGAUGGUUAUAUCAACGAUCGUUCCAUGGUCCUCGAAGUUGGUCCUCACCCAGCUGUCUCAGGCAUGGUCAAGCCUACCCUUGGUCAACAGAUCACCUGUGUCGCCUCACUCCAGCGUAGCCGAGCACCAUGGGACAUGCUCUCCGCAGCACUCAAGAGCCUUUACGACGCUGGUGCUAGUAUCAACUGGGCUGAUUACCAGAGUAACUUCCCCGGAGCACACACAGUCGUCGAUCUUCCAGCUUAUAGCUGGGAUCUUAAAGAGUACUGGAUCCAGUACGUCAAUGACUGGACGCUGCGAAAGGGCGAUCCUCCUCUGGUCAUCAACAAUGUUUCUAAACUUGAGAGUACUACCAUUCAUAGUGUUAUGGAAGAGAGUGGCGAUUCCAAGAAUACUCAUAUUGUUGUUGAAGCAGAUAUUGCUCGCAAAGACUUGAGUCCGCUUGUACAGGGUCAUGAGGUCGAUGGGAUUCCUCUUUGCACUCCAUCGGUUUAUGCUGACAUCGCAUUGACUCUGGGCAAGUAUCUACUUGAGAGGUAUCAGCCACAGCAGAAGGAUGAUAUGGUUGUGGUCUCGGACAUGACCGUGUCCAAGGCUUUGAUCCUCCGUGGUGAUGGAUCUCGCCAGCCCAUUCAAGCCCAUGCUGAGGCAGACUGGUCAUCUCGAUCAGUCUCAAUCAAGUUCAUGUCUUUCGAUAGCAAGAGUCAUCUGCAAGAGCACUCCGCCUGUGUACUCCGCUUCAAGGACCGAAGCCAUCAAGACAUCCUUCAAAGCGAAGCCCGCGCCACCAAGCAGAAGAUGCAGAAUCUCCGCAACCAAAUUACCACCGGUGAAAGCGCACGCUUCAACCGCCCCAUGGCCUACCGCAUGAUCCGUCCCCUCGCACGCUUCCAUGACGACUACCGCGCAAUCGACGAAGUCGUCCUCAACAGCGAAACCCUCGAAGCUUCCAGCAAGAUCAGCUUCGGUACGGUCAAGCGCGACGGUGACUUCCACACUCAUCCCGCCGUCAUCGACGCUCUUACUCAGUCUUGUGGUUUUUCUAUGAACUGCAAUGAUCACACAGAUAUUGACGUCGAUGUUUACAUGAACCAUGGCUGGGGAUCGCUUGAGCUUUUCGAGCCUUUGGACUUUGAGAAGGAGUAUAGUACUUAUACUCAAAUGCAUGCUGGAGCGGACAAGCUCUGGUAUGGCGAUGUGACGAUCUUUGACCAGGAUAGAGUUGUCGCGUUCUUUGGUCAGAUCGCGAUUCAAGGUGUCCCGCGCAGAGUCCUCAAGGUAAUCCUCUCAAUUGAGAGCGGCAAAAAGGGCCAGCCUCAGCGCCAUACUCAAGACAAGCCCCGAAACACUCCCUCGCAAACGAAGGAUUCCACGUCCAAGCCAACCCAGAACAAGCCAGCUGUCAAGGUAGAACCACCAAAGUUCUCUACCGCAAUCCGCAUCAUCUCAGAGGAAAGCGGAAUUGACGUGUCGGAUUUCACCGAUAGCACAACCUUUUCAGACGUCGGCAUCGACUCCCUCCUCGGUCUCACCAUCUCCGCUCGCUUCCAGGAAGAACUGGGCAUUGAUCUGGACUUCAACGCCCUAUUCUUCGAACACCCCACCGUCAAAGACCUGAGAACCUUCCUCGGCGCAGACGAAGAUGUCUCUGGAGGUUCAUCUUCUGCGGCUAGUGACUCAGGUCGUGACACGACUACCACUGGAAGUGCUACUCCAGAGCUCCAAGAAUUCGCCGAAUCAGCUGAAGUUGAGUUUGAGCGCGCUCUCGAGAUUAUCUCUGGGGAGAGUGGUGUUGCGCGCUCUGAUUUAGACGAUGAGACGAACUUUGCAGAUUGUGGUGUUGAUUCUCUUCUGUCGCUUGUCAUUGCAAGUCGGUUCCAGGAUACUUUUGGUCUGGAUAUUGCACAUGAGCAGUUGUUUAUGGAGUGUCAGACCGUUGGUGAUCUGAAGACUAUGCUGGCGCGAGAGAUGGGUUUGGCUACUCCGGUUCCUAAACCUGCUGCCAUUCCUGCACCUGUUGUCUCUGAAGCAGUCGCGCAAGAAACAGUCAUCACCCACAGUGACACCUCUAACAUCGCCGAACGCGAACAAGCAAUCACUGAGCUCGUUAACAGGUAUACCGCUGGCUUCAAAGCACCCACUUCGAACCCAGAUGGUCCCCCUCUCGGCAAGAACGAAAGCGUCGUACUCGUCACGGGCGCAUCAGGCGGUUUGGGAAGCCAUCUCGUCUACGCCCUCGCGCAGCUCGAAGAAGUCCGCACCAUCGUAUGUCUCAACCGCCCCAACAGAGAAGACCCAACAACACGCCAGUACAAGGCCAUGAGAGACAAGGGCAUUCGCUUCCCAGAGCAUCUCAAGUCCAAGGUGCGAAUCUUCCAGGCCGAUACCUCGAAGCCCAGGCUUGGAGUCAAGGAUAGUGAGUACGCGUGUUUGAUCCAGUUCGUCACGCACAUCAUCCACAAUGCUUGGCCCAUGAGUGCGAAGCGUCCUCUGUCUGGAUUCGAGUCGCAGUUCCAGGUCUUCCGCAAUCUUCUUGAUCUUGGGCGUGAGUGUGCUUCGAGUCGUCCCACGGAGUUCAAGUUCAGCUUUCAGAUGAUUUCGUCAAUUGGUGUUGUUGGACAGUGGGGUCUGGCUGCUGGUCAGACCGGCAAGAUCGUUGUUCCUGAGGAGAGAACUACCAUUGACUCGCUACUCGGCAACGGGUACGCUGAAGCGAAAUGGGGUUGUGAGAGGAUGCUUGAUGAGACUCUCCACAAGUUCACCGACCGUUUCCGUCCCAUGGUCGUGCGUCUUGGUCAGAUUGCUGGGUCCAAGACAAGCGGUUACUGGAACCCAAUGGAGCACUUCGGCUUCCUCAUCAAAUCUUCUCAGACUCUGAAUGCUCUUCCUGACGUCGGUGGAAACCUCAACUGGACUCCGGUCAACGACAUCGCCGAUACUCUCACCGAUCUCAUCCUCUCCGACCGCAUCCCUUACCCAAUCUACCACAUCGACAACCCCAUCGGGCAACAAUGGCGCGACGUCAACAACAUCCUCUCUGACGCCCUUCGCAUCCCUAACAAAGUCCCCUUCAAGCAGUGGCUCGACAUGGUGCGCAAAGCUCCUCAGCAGGAUAACCCCGCUGCUCUACUCGCGGAUUUCCUCGAAGACACAUACCUACGCAUGGCCUGCGGUGGUCUUGUUCUCGAUGUGAAGCAUUCGCUUGAGCACUCCAAGUCUCUCUCGGCUGUUGGGCCAGUUUCGGAAACGGUGGUGAGAAAGUAUAUCCAUAUCUGGAAGGAGAUUGGGUUCUUGAAGACUACGGCGGAGGACAAGGCCGGGUUUGAGGCGGAGAGGGCGAGACUUUGGGGACCUAGAGUGUAG